AUGUCUCACAAUGAUUCAAAUCUGAAUUCAAACCCCAGUUCAAAUCCAAUCUCUAAUCAUAUGUCAAAGCCAUCUGAUAUAGGCAGGUCAAGCAACGACAGUGGGUCCGAAGAAUCAAUACAACAUUUCACAUUAACUCAACUCGAACCACGGGAUAAUGAAGAGGAUGUGGAAAUGGGUGAGCCAAUAUCCCGUCAAUCCACAUUUCUUGAAAGAGUGCAAUCUCGAUACUCAUUCUUCCAUGAGAAUUUGCGAGCUCAAAGAAAAGAAUUGUCCAUGAAGUACCUUACAAUUUAUCUAGUAAUGGCCAUUGGUUGCUUAGGGGUCUUUUCCAUAUAUUGGGGUUCAAUGUAUCAACGAGAAACUCGAAUUAAAAACUUGAAAAUGUUGGUGGUUUUAGAAGAUGAAGAAAUUGAUGGCAUCCCUCCGCUUUUUGGCAAUCAGCUUCGCGAUUUAUUAGCUACCCCAACUGCCAAAACCAUUGGUGAUUGGAAAAUAUAUAACACAAGCGAAUUUGAAACUAUUGCGUCACAACACAACAACACUGUAAAUGAAGAGGUCAUUCGUCAAAUUCAUCAUCAGCAUUAUUGGGCGUCAAUAUAUGUCAAGCAGAAUUCAUCCUACAAUAUAUAUAACGCAUUGGCCAAUGGCAACCAGUACAAUGUCAGUGAUUCUGUAUAUUGUUAUUAUGAAACUGGGAGACAUCUAACUAGUGUUGGCCCGUAUGUGGUGGCAUCUAUAGAUUCAAUUCAAACAAUGUGGUUGGAUCAAAACCUGGUGAUGAGAGACCUUGUGCGAAUUGGCAAUAUAACCCUUGACAAUGAAAACUCAGUUGCCGUGGCCACUACGGCCUUGGCCUUUCAAAUAAUUGAUAUGAGACCAUCUACUAGUGGAGUGUUAGUUGCGGCUUUACAAAUUGGUCUUCUUUAUCUUGUUAUUGUUAGUUUUUUCAGUUUCAAUUUUUUUGUUGAUAUACACCGAUCAGUGGCACUAAUGGUGAAGCAAAGAAACUUUUUACUUUAUCGGGUUUUUGCAUCGAUCAUGUCGUAUUUUGUUAUCAGUUUAAUGUUUGGCUUGGUUACCUUGGCAUUUCAAGUUGAUUUUGCUGUUACCUUUGGUAAGUCGGGCUUCCUAGUUUACUGGAUGGUAACUUUUUUAACUAUGUGGAGUGUUGGAUUGGCGAAUGAGUUGGCCGCUAUGCUCAUAUUAACUGUCUAUCCUCCAAUGGUCGGAUUUUGGUUGAUAUUCUGGGUGAUUAUAAAUAUUACUCCCACAUUUACACCAAUUGCUUUAUUGCCUGAAUUCUAUCGCUAUGGUUAUGCCAUGCCAUUACAUAAUGCUUUUGAAAUCUAUUCUGUUAUUUUUUUCAACACCUAUAAGGGAUUAAUAGGGAGAAGCAUUGGGAUUAUAAUUGCCUGGGUGGUGUUUCUAACAUUAAUGGCACCAAUAGUGGUAGUCUACUUUGGUAGCACUAUGAGCAAGAAAGCUGCUGCUGCCGCUGCUGCCACUGCUGCUAAAAAGGAAAAGUCAAAAUAA